AUGGAGCCAAGAGCCUGGACUCUGCAGUGUACUGCUUUCGCUCUCUUUUGCGCUUGGUGUGCAUUGAAUAAUGUAAAAGCGAAGAGGCAGUUUGUGAAUGAAUGGGCGGCGGAGAUCCCCGGGGGACCGGAGGCAGCCUCAGCGAUAGCCGAGGAGCUGGGCUAUGACCUUUUGGGUCAGAUUGGGUCACUUGAAAAUCACUACUUAUUCAAACAUAAAAACCAUCCUCGGAGGUCUCGAAGGAGUGCCCUUCAUAUCACUAAGAGAUUAUCUGAUGAUGAUCGUGUGCUAUGGGCUGAACAACAGUAUGAAAAAGAGAGAAGUAAACGUUCAGUUCUAAGAGACUCAGCACUAGAUCUCUUCAAUGAUCCGAUGUGGAAUCAGCAGUGGUACUUGCAAGAUACUAGGAUGACUGCAGCCCUGCCCAAGCUGGACCUCCAUGUGAUACCUGUUUGGCAAAAAGGCAUCACAGGCAAAGGAGUUGUUAUCACUGUACUGGAUGAUGGCUUGGAGUGGAAUCACACAGACAUCUAUGCCAACUAUGAUCCAGAGGCUAGCUAUGAUUUUAACGAUAAUGACCAUGAUCCAUUUCCCCGAUAUGAUCCCACAAAUGAGAACAAACAUGGGACCAGAUGUGCAGGAGAAAUUGCCAUGCAAGCAAAUAAUCACAAGUGUGGGGUCGGAGUUGCAUACAAUUCCAAAGUUGGAGGGAUAAGGAUGCUCGAUGGCAUUGUGACGGAUGCUAUUGAAGCCAGCUCAAUUGGAUUUAAUCCUGGACACGUGGAUAUUUACAGUGCGAGCUGGGGCCCUAAUGAUGAUGGGAAAACUGUGGAGGGGCCUGGCCGACUAGCCCAGAAGGCUUUUGAAUAUGGUGUCAAACAGGGGAGACAAGGAAAGGGCUCUAUCUUCGUCUGGGCUUCUGGGAAUGGGGGGCGUCAGGGAGAUAACUGUGACUGUGAUGGGUACACGGACAGUAUCUACACCAUCUCCAUCAGCAGUGCCUCGCAGCAAGGCCUAUCCCCCUGGUACGCUGAGAAGUGCUCCUCUACGCUGGCCACCUCGUACAGCAGCGGGGAUUACACCGACCAGCGAAUCACGAGUGCUGACCUGCACAACGACUGCACAGAGACCCACACAGGCACCUCUGCCUCAGCACCCCUGGCUGCUGGCAUCUUCGCUCUGGCCCUGGAAGCAAAUCCAAAUCUCACCUGGCGAGAUAUGCAGCACUUGGUUGUCUGGACCUCUGAGUAUGACCCACUGGCCAAUAACCCUGGAUGGAAAAAGAAUGGAGCAGGCUUGAUGGUGAAUAGUCGAUUUGGAUUCGGGUUGCUAAAUGCCAAAGCUCUGGUGGAUUUAGCUGAUCCCAGGACCUGGAGCAGUGUGCCUGAGAAGAAGGAAUGUGUUGUAAAGGACAAUGACUUUGAGCCCAGAGCCCUGAAAGCUAAUGGAGAAGUUAUCAUAGAAAUUCCAACAAGAGCUUGUGAAGGACAAGAAAAUGCUAUCAAGUCACUGGAACAUGUGCAAUUUGAAGCAACAAUUGAAUAUUCCCGCAGAGGAGACCUUCAUGUCACCCUCACUUCUGCUGCUGGAACCAGCACCGUACUGUUGGCUGAAAGAGAGCGGGAUACAUCUCCUAAUGGCUUUAAGAAUUGGGACUUCAUGUCUGUUCACACAUGGGGAGAGAAUCCCAUAGGCACUUGGACUUUGGGAAUUACAGACAUUUCUGGAAGAAUGCAAAAUGAAGGAAGAAUCGUGAACUGGAAGCUAAUUCUGCAUGGGACCUCUUCUCAACCAGAACACAUGAAACAGCCCCGAGUGUACACGUCCUACAACACCGUUCAGAAUGACCGAAGAGGGGUGGAGAAGAUGGUGGAUUCGGGGGAGGAGCAGCCCACACAAGAGAACCUGAAUGAGAACCCUCUGGCAUCCAAAAGCCCCAGCAGCAGCGGUGUGGGGGGCAGAAGGGAUGAGCUGGCAGAGGGAGCCCUUUCUGAGGCCAUGCUACAACUCCUACAAAGCGCUUUCAGCAAAAACUCACCCCCAAAGCCAUCACCAAAGAAGUCUCCAAGUGCAAAGCUCAACAUCCCUUACGAAAAUUUCUAUGAAGCCCUGGAAAGGCUGAACAAACCUUCCCAGCUUAAAGACUCUGAGGAUAGUCUGUAUAAUGACUACGUUGAUGUUUUCUAUAACACGAAACCUUAUAAGCACAGGGAUGACCGGCUGCUGCAAGCUCUGGUGGACAUUCUGAGGAAGGAAAAUUAA